AUGGGGAAAGCGGCCGCUCCGAGCCGAGGCGGGGGCUGUGGCGGCCGCUCCCGCGGGCUCUCGUCGCUGUUCACGGUUGUCCCCUGCUUGUCCUGCCACACGGCGGCGCCGGGCAUGAGCACUUCUACGUCCGGCUCCGAACCGGAGCCCAAGCCUCAGCCCCAGCCAGUGCCCGGGCCUGAGCAGGAGCCGCUGUCAGAACAAGUGUCAGAGCCAGGUUUUGAGCCGCCGCCAAGAUCCCAGAGGAAAACUGAGCCAGAGGUUGGGCAGCGAUUGGACCUGCUACGGACGGAGUCAGAGUUCACUCCAGCUGUAAGGCUUGGGCCCUUCACUAAGGCGACAUCAGAACUGUCCCCUGGGCUGGGGAAGGUGCCGUUCGUCACAUCUGGGUCAGAGUUACUGCCGGCGUUAAAGCCCCUGCCUCUUCAGCGACCUGGACAGGCAAAGACUUCUAAUACGGUUUCAGUAGCAGGGACUAGCAUGACCCCCAGUGCCCCAGUGGCCUCACUGCCUCUGGACAGCUUCAAAGGCUGGCUUCUCAAGUGGACCAACUACCUGAAGGGCUACCAGCGCCGCUGGUUCGUGCUCGGCAAUGGCCUGCUAUCUUACUACAGAAAUCAGGGUGAAAUGGCCCACACCUGCCGUGGAACCAUCAACCUGUCCACCGUGCACAUUGACAAGGAGGACACUUGUGGUAUCUUGCUGGUCAGUGGGGCAAGGACCUACCACCUCAAGGCCAGCUCAGAGGCGGAACGACAGCAGUGGAUCACCUCCCUGGAGCUGGCCAAGGCCAAGGCUGUCCGAUUGAUGAGCACCCAUUCAGAUGACUCUGGGGACGACGAAGACACUGCUUCCCCAGCUGACAAGAGCGAGCUGCACCAAACCCUGAAGAACCUCUCCUUGAAGUUAGAUGACCUCAGCACAUGCAAUGAUCUCAUCGCUAAGCACGGCGCCGCACUCCAGCGCUCCCUCAAUGAGCUAGACAGCCUGAAGAUCCCACCCGAGAGUGGGGAGAAGCUGAAGGCAGUGAACGAGCGGGCCACCCUCUUCCGUAUCACAUCUAAUGCUAUGAUCAACGCCUGCAGGGAUUUCCUGGAACUAGCAGAGACACACAGCCGGAAAUGGCAGCGGGCACUGCAGUAUGAGCAGGAGCAGCGCGUCCACCUGGAGGAAACGAUUGAGCAGUUAGCCAAGCAGCACAACAGCCUCGAGCGGGCCUUCCGCAUUGCUCCUGGCCGGCCCAGCAACCCUUCCAAGAGCUUCAGUGAGGGAAGCCUCUUGACUACCAAAGGAGAGGACAGCGAGGAAGAUGAAGAUACUGAGUACUUCGAUGCCAUGGAAGACUCCACAUCCUUCAUCACUGUGAUCACAGAGCCCAAGGAGGACAGAAAAGCUGAAAGUGGAACCGGGUCAGGCUAUGUGGACUGGGCCUCAUCAGACAACAUAAAUGAGGUGCUAGAUGGUGCCUCACUUAUACCCAAGGAUUCAUCCAAGGUCAAGAGAAGAGUCCGUAUCCCCAACAAGCCCAACUACAGCCUUAACCUCUGGAGCAUCAUGAAGAACUGCAUCGGACGGGAGCUCUCCAAGAUCCCCAUGCCGGUGAACUUCAAUGAACCGCUGUCGAUGCUCCAGCGGCUGACUGAGGACCUGGAAUACCACCACCUGCUGGACAAGGCCGUGCACUGCACCAGCUCCCUGGAGCAGAUGUGCCUGGUGGCUGCCUUCUCUGUGUCCUCCUACUCCACCACCGUGCACCGCAUCGCCAAGCCCUUCAACCCCAUGCUGGGGGAGACCUUCGAGCUGGACCGCCUUGAUGACAUGGGUCUGCGCUCCCUCUGCGAGCAGGUGAGCCACCAUCCCCCAGCGGCUGCACACUAUGUGUUCUCCAAGCAUGGCUGGAGCCUCUGGCAGGAAAUUACCAUCUCCAGCAAGUUCCGGGGAAAAUAUAUCUCCAUCAUGCCACUGGGUGCCAUCCACUUAGAAUUCCAAGCCAGUGGGAAUCACUACGUGUGGAGAAAGAGCACCUCCACUGUGCACAACAUCAUCGUGGGCAAGCUCUGGAUUGACCAGUCAGGGGACAUUGAGAUUGUGAACCAUAAAACCAAUGACCGGUGCCAGAUGAAGUUCCUGCCCUAUAGCUACUUCUCCAAAGAGGCAGCCCGAAAGGUGUCAGGAGUGGUGAGUGACAGCCUUGGCAAGGCCCAGUACGUGCUGUCAGGCUCAUGGGAUGAACAGAUAGAGUGCGCCAAGAUUGUGCAAAGCAGCUCCAGUAGCCCCAGCUCUGACGGGAAGCAGAAGACAGUGUACCAGACCCUGCCGUCCAAGCUGCUGUGGAAGAAGUAUCCACUACCAGAAAACGCAGAGAACAUGUACUACUUCUCGGAGCUGGCCCUGACCCUCAAUGAGCAUGAGGAGGGCGUGGCACCCACGGACAGCCGCCUGCGGCCUGACCAGAGGCUGAUGGAAAAAGGCCGCUGGGACGAGGCCAAUGCUGAGAAGCAGCGGCUGGAGGAGAAGCAGCGCUUGUCGCGACGACGGCGGCUGGAGGCCUGCGCACCCAGCGGCUGCGGAGGAGAGGAAGCAGAGAAGGAAGCAGAAGAGUACAUGCCACUGUGGUUCGAGAAGAGGCUGGACCCACUGACCGGGGAGAUGGCCUGCAUAUACAAGGGCGGCUACUGGGAAGCCAAGGAGAGGCAAGACUGGCACAUGUGCCCCAACAUCUUCUGAGCGCCACCCCCUGCAGCAAAUACAGGCGCCUGCACAGCCCAUGACACUUUUUCUUUAACACUCUCAACUUAAUACCAAAUGGCCCUUCUCCCACACCCACCCCUAUUUCCUUUACUUUUAUUUCUUUUUAAAUACUUUUUAGGACUCCCACCUUGGAAGGAGGAAGGGCUGCCCGGGUUCUCUCCAGCCCCCAGGUGCGCCGGGUCACCCAUGCCCCUUCAUUAUUGACUUGGGCCCCAUCAGAACACCAGUUCCCAGUCUCUACAACUCAGACCGGCUGGCCCAGGCCAUGGGCUGCCCAAGUCACCAGCCCCCAAGCCAGGGAGGAACUGCCCCCUCCAAGGGAGCCUCUUUUGACUUUUUUAGAAAAAAAGACCUCCUUUUCUUUCCAGCCUUGACGUUUAGUAAAUAUUUUUAGAAUAGCACUUAGCAGACAGCUUUUCAAGUGUGCUUUCUUGCCACAAAAGUGUCCUGGCAAGAACCUUUUCUUUUUAAGACAUCAGGAAGCCAGACCCCUUUGAAAUCGGGAGCAUUUUAUAGCUCAAUAUAGCAAGGCCCUAACUGUAUCUGAGCUGCCCACCCCCAUCCCCAAGAGCCCAGGAUCUCACAGAGACCAGAACAUUAGGGGGACUGCUUUAGCCCAGCAGAGCAUAAGAAGUUUCUGGAUCUAUACCCCACUGGUGGGGAAAAGUGCACUGAGGGCGUCCCCCGCUGUGGAUUUUAAGGCAGCAGUCCCCAGCCUAGCUAGCUUGGACCAUGCCUGGGCAGCUCCCUGGCCCCCAAGAGGCCAGGAAGGGCUGGAAGGCAGGGCCUGCAGGUGCUCCUCACCCUGAGACCCAGGCCCCAAAUCAGCAAUAAUAAACAAUCCUCAGUUCAGCCUGGGCUGGUGACCCAGGCAUCAGCAACCCACGUCCCACCUUGUCCUCAGGUGGCUCCUGGGUUGCCCUGUCUCAGUGCCCCCUGAACUCUUUAUU